CCCCCACACAUGCAUACAACUGCAGAAUGGCGCAUGUAGCUACCACCCAUCGAGUAUUCCAGUAUUCCUGAGCACUGGCCAUGGAGGCCGCUUUCUUGGAAAAGUUUUCACCCCUUCUGGAUGAGCUAAGGGAGGGCAGCUUCGUAGCGUUGAUCACCAUGACCGGCUCAUGCUGCCCCGUGACCACCGCUCAUUACAUGGCCUUCGAAUGUUCUCGCCAACUGUUGAUGGGCGACGGCCUCACACGCCCCACGAGGGAGCAGUUUGCUGAGGUGCUCGGGUUACUCUCCUUGAAUGGUGAUCGGCACGUGGGUGAAAAGCUGCACGCAAAGGGAAUGCCGUCCAUCCCUUAUGUGGACAGAGCUCAGCUGGUGGAUAUGGCCACUGCAGAUGUGCCAUGGAUGAGUUUCAAUCCCACUCGUGAGCACAUUGCAGCUGACUGGAUGCAGCGAAGAUGGCCCACGUUGAGAUUCAUCCGGUAUGCCCUGAAUGGGGCGGAUGACGUCUUCAAAUAUCAGAAGUGGCGCUCCUCAGCCCCAGACCGGCGCUUUGUGACCAUGGGAAGGCCGGGAUUCACGGAGAAGGUGAUCUUGGGUGCCAAAAGGCAUGGCGUCGAUUUGGACCAAGGGUACUUCAUCGUUGGCCCUGAGCUACCGGACAUUUCUUCCACUGCGGUACGCCGGGCCCUCCAAGAGGGAGACGGACAGGCUUUGGAAGGCCUACUGCACCCGAGUGUUGCCGCAUGGCUGUUGAAGUCUGGUAUUUAUGGUGGCACAGGCCACAGAAAGAUGUGAGACUCUCUUUUCAUUCGGUUGGAUUCGGGGAGCAUAGCUUUGCCUUUGAGGGGCAGUCUAGAGUCUAGGAAGUGUGCAGUGUACAGUGCUGACAGCCUGGAAGUUCUUGUUUGCCCAAAAUGAUCUUUGUUUAAUUCAAGUCUCAUUAUCAUGUUUUCAUGACUUGCGACUUGCGACUUGCUAAGGUGGUGUUCUGCUAGAACAUUCCACUGAUUCCCCUGUCGGUAGGCUUUGCUCCGGUACCUGUGCUGGAGGCAACACGAGGGAGCAAACGAUUCCCACCAGCACGAUUCCGGCCGAGUCGUUGCCCGGUAGUCCUAUUCAGCUGUUUUGGCUCCGCCUCCUACCAGGUGUGUAUCUCGAUUGUGC